UAAGAGAUAUCGACAAUCAUGGACAUGGGGUGUGUGAGAGUAUUGGUUGUAUGUCUUGUAUACACGGUGCAGCGGGUGUACACCGAGUGUCCACAAACUGAAGUUCCAGUCGUGGACGUAUGCGGUACCGACCCAUUCACCGGCAACGUCUUCUACAUACACAGCGUCGGCAUGUCCGACGGCUUUAGUCAGUGCGCCUGUACAUUGUCUACCAUACAAGACAACAACAGCAUCACCAUCUACCCAUGGGGCGACGUCACACCUUCUACCUGCCACGCAUACAUCCUCGUCGUCGACGGCCUCCCCCGUGGCGCGGAAUACGCCUGGUGUAACCGACAGGGGAGGUUUGAGGCUGUUAUGGACACGGGGACGCCGUGGUCUGUAGACGUCACGAAGACAUCGCCGACAGCGGCAGCGUCUGAUCCGGGCCAUUGCCUGCUUGUUAGUGGAAGCAGUCUGUUGACAGCGGCGUGUCGGAAUGACGGAACUGGGAAGAUAGUGACACGUCCAACGACUACACCGACGACUGUCGCGACAUCACCGCCGAGGAUUGUGACACAGGAAGCCUCCGUUGCCACUACGGUGACAGGUCCUGUCGACCGGACUGGAACUCCAGCGACUACGGAAGAAACAGUGGCAUCUCCUCUCACCACCACACCGUUACCGACAGCGAAGCCUCUCCUCUUAGUAACCUCUUCCCUAUCACCAGGCCCUCCACUAGCACCCAAACAGACACCUUCAGAGAUGGAUACUGAAGAGAGCAUCCUCAUCGGAGUUUCUGUUGGCGUGCUGCUGUUGAUCAUCAUCAUCAUAGUCACUAUCAUCGUCUACAGGAUCUGCUGCCGAAAUGGAAGGCCAGUUGAAAAGAUUGCACAACCUGAGGUACCCGUGCUUCAUCCAAUGACUGAAGUUGUCCCAAGCUUCGAUCAGAUCUACACGACAGAACAUCCCACCGGCCUCUACCCUGGGAAGGUGAGAAGAGUCCACUCAAAUCCAGCAGGAGUGCGUCCUACCACACGGGUAGCUAAUGGCAGCCAGAUUCACGAACACGCCAUAAUGGAGGACGGACAUCUCUUCAGGGAGACGUCAAAGGAAUACCGUCAGCAUCAGUUGGGUGUGUUCAAGGAAGGGAAGAUAAAUGCGGAAAGAGUCAACACUGGUGCGACCAUUGAGGCCCAGCGGAGGUACAUCACCAGGGUCGCCAUAACAGCCAGCGGGUACAACUCGCUGCCUACCUCGAGAGUGAACAGCUUUAAAAGGCGACCUGGAGUUUUUAUUACAACAGGGGAGGCAUUCCAUAGGAGGGAGGGAUGGUAUAGAUCUGAACCUAGAAGUAUGCUUGCUGAUUCACGGAGUCGGAGUCACAGUGGUUACCUUGGUUCCCUGUGACGUAAUAAGGCUGUAUAUUUUGUUCUUGCAUAUAGGCCAUUUUUAUUUUGUCUCCCUCAUCUCCCGUUUCAUACUUUUUGUUAAACAAUAUGUUUAUUUAUCAAUAUAUUCUGCCAUUUUAAUAUCCAAUUCAUGGACACUGGGGUAGCCAAGUGGUCAAAGCGUUUGCUUGUGAACCACCGUCGUAGUUCGUAUCCUAUUUGGGUACAAUAUAUGAAACAUAAUUCUUGUGUACCAUAGACGUAAUAAUGGUGGAAUAUUGCUAAUAGCGGCGUGAUACCAUACUCACUCAAUCAUGAAAAACUUCACCUCAAUCAUGAAAAUAAUUCUGUCUGUAUAUUACCGGAUUGAUGUAAUAUGGCGUAACACUGCCCGUAGAAUCGUCUUGGGUUCAAAUUUCUUUCUUGGAAUUAUUCUCAAGCACCGAGUUAGCAAAGAUAAUAGAUAUGACGAUGUCUGCAAGUGUAUUCAACGAAGAAAAUGUUACAUGUGUUGUGUAUCUCUAUCAAGGGAAAGAUACAGUUGCUGUUUCACUUAUCAUCAGCGACACGGAAAAUAGCAUCCUUUCCUUAUCCACACUCUGCAGCU